AUGAAAAUUCGCACCGUUGCUUUGCUUCUAGUACUGGCAGCGUCCGCGUCAACCAUCCGUAGCAGACGUCAACAAAACUGCAAAUGUGCCCAAUCGGCUUCUUGCUCCUGCAACAAUGUCAGUCAAUCCCAAACGUGCACCUGUCAAAAGACUCCAACGUCAUCUAGUAACUGUAACUGUGAUCAACAAAGUUCCCCAAUAAAAAUUCAAGUUACCACCAAACAGUGUGCCCCUGCUUGCCAACAUUCAUGCUCUCAACAAUGUGAACUUCAAGAAUAUCAGAAAAUUGCUAGCAACGCUAUUGCAAAUUGUAUAACUCAAUGCCAAGCUAAAUGUCAAGCACAGUGCGGAAACAACUAUCACCAAGCACCUGCUAGUACCACCAGAGCUCCAGUUAUUGUUCGUUUUGAUAUCACAUCUGGAUCUGGAUCAAGCAGUCAGUGCGCCCCUCAAUGCAAUCAACAGUGCCAGCAGCAAUGUAUAUCUCAAGACCAGCAAUCGAACCAAUGUGCCAAUGAGUGCAGCAAUCAAUGCUCGAAUGUCUGCUCCUCGUCAACGACGUCUUCUUACUCUCAAUGUGCUUCACAGUGUGCAGAUCAAUGCUCAGGAAUAAAUAACAGUCAACAGUGUCAACAGCAAUGUCAGAGUAACACGUGUAACCAGUACCAACCGAAGACUACCGCAACACCUCCAACCAUUCAGGUUGUUCUCAACUCGAAUGUUCUGAAUAGUGGAUCUCAAUGCGAACCUCGGUGUGAACAAACAUGUCAAAGCCAGUGUCAAGCUCAACAACAGAGCCAGCAGCAAUGUGCUCAAGCCUGUCAGACAAGUUGUGUAACUCAAUGUCAGCCAUCUACAGUCUCGUGCAUGCCUGCUAGCACGAAUAACAGUUGUCAGUGUCAACCAAACUAUUCCCAAUGUGGAAAUCAAUGUUGUAGAAGAUAA